UUAAUGUAAAAGAAAAAAACCGACAAAUAAUAUUAUAAAUAAAAUAAAUUUAUAAGACACAAUCCGCGCGAAUCGCGGAAAAAAUCUCUAGUUCUUAUAAUAACAGAAAUAUAGGAUGUGUGUUUCACUUCACCUAUUACGUUUCUUUUGGUUAAAUGUUGUGAUUAGGUUUAUUAGCGAGUAUAGUUAAUGGGAUGACGACAUCGAGAUGACAUUUGAACAGUAAAAACUACAGUGAUAGUUAACAAAGGAGAAAGGAAUAUCUGAAGGCACAAGGAAUCUUCUUCCUCCAUUUUGAACUUUAAAAUAAAAAUAAAAAACAAUUUCGUAGUGUGAUCAAAUGCAUCCCCGUAAGCAAAUACAUAAAAUAAUAAGGAAUUUCGUACAAAUGUUCCUCUAUAAAUUCUUCACUACGCUAAACUACAACUUUCAUAAAUACACUACAGCACAAGGGAAAAUCAAAGGGUAGUAAAAGAAAUGAGGGCGACACCAAAAGCAGAAAUUUGGAAGUCACCAGUACCAUAUCUCUUUGGUGGUUUGUCUUUGGUUCUUUUGCUUAUAGCUCUAGCGUUAUUCUCAUUGGUCUGCAUACACAAAAAGUCUCAUUCUUCUUCUUCUAACAAUACCUAUCCUGUCGAGGAAGAAGAAGACGCCGGAGACAACGAAGCUAAGACAGUUAUGGGAGAAUACUUACCUAAGAUCGUCGUGAUUUUGGCCGGAGACGAUCAACCUACUUGUUUGGCCGUUCCGGUGAUUCCUACACUGUCUUCCAUUUAUCCUUGUAAAUGUGGCAAUGUUACUGUCGUCUUUCAACCUAACCAUUAACAUAUUUUCUCUUUUGCCAAACAAAAAGUAAAUCUCAACUUUUGUAGUAAUAAUCGGCUGUUUUGUAAGAGUCGACUAUUUGGUGGAUUUUAAUUAGUACUCCAUAAUUUAAGUUUGUCUAAUGCUUUUAUGUAUUGAGUUUAAUCUUGAAAGUAUAUCUAUAUAUAUUGGAAAAUGCAAAUAA